AUGUCAACGGAUUCUAACCAAGCAUUAUCAAACAAUUCACAACAACAACAUGAAAAUAAUUCAUCAACAAUACCCAUCGAAAAUAAUGGUGAAAAUAAUUCAACACAAAUAGCUAUUGAAAAUCAAAAUGAAAAUAAUUUAUCAACAACACCUAUAAAUAAUACAAGUGAAAAUAAUUUAUCAUCAAAAGCUAUUGAAAAUCAAAAAGAAGAAAAUUCAUCAACAACAAUAUCUAUCGAAAAUAAUGAUGAAAAUAAUUUAUCAUCAAAAAUUAUUGAAAAUCAAAAUGAAGAAAGUUCAUCAACAACAUCUACAAAAACUAAAGAUGAAAAUAAUACAUCAGAAAUAUUCAUUGAAAAAGAAGAUAAAAAUCAAUUAAAUACAGAUAUAAAUCAUACAAAUAGUCGAAUGAGUUCACGAAAAAUGACACAAUCACAUUCAUCAAAAACUUCUGAACGAAGUCCAUCACCUAAAACAACAAAUGAAAUUAUAAAUCAAAGACCACUUUCACCUAUUACUCGUCAUCGAAUAGAUAAACAACAAAACUUUAAAUCAACAAAUCAACAACGUACUCGAUCAAAUUCACCACGUAAAACAUUUUCAUAUAUUACACCUGAUGGUUUUAAUUUACGUUAUUGGAAACAACAACGUCGUCAAUUAGCUAAACAAGAAGAAGAUAAUCGAAUUUAUCAUGAAAAUAGAAUAAAAUUAGAACGUUUAGCUCGUAUAGCUAAAGAACCAAGUUCAUAUCCAUCAAUACAUGUUGAACAAGAACGUUUACGAGAACGACAUACUAUUGAUUAUCGUCGUAAACUUUUAAAAAGUCAUAUACCUAUACUUCGAGAAAAUUUAUCGAUUGUUCAUCGUCUUGCUAAUGUUCGAGGUGUUUAUGAUGUUAAUAAAAUGAAUGAAGAUUAUGCUCGUCAUACAUUAAUUCUUAAACAAGAUGCUGCUAAUCGACAAAAAGUACGAGAAACAGCAACACAAAGACCUUUUAUUUUACCAAAAAUUAACGUUAAAUCAUAA